UUCGACGCCGGGCACGCUACAUGACGUCAUCGUGGGAGUGUUCCUCCACAGGGAGAGAUGAACGCUCACCAACACAAUCCUCUCAGCGCCCACCAUGUGAUUUUUCUAAAUGUCCACGGAGACAGCUGACUAAAAGACCAAAAGCCACCCCAUAAGAUUUUCCUUUGGAGGACCCAAGAGGAGGUGGUGUUCUCUUGGAUUAUUAACCCCUGUCCUGUGUCUGCAUGUCCACACAUUGUUUGCUGAUGACCACAUCUGCAGCCACUUGUGCUCUGUGAGCCAGAAGAGGAGAGGCUGCGCUCAUGACAAGCAUGACAUUGAGCCAAGCCACUGAUGCAUGCCUACUCAAAAAGUUCAACUGGGAGGGGGGGGUGUCGACGCUGCGUAGCUAGUCCCGUGCACCCCCCAAGUAGCACUGGAGGCUUCUAAUGGAUCAGGGUUGUAGUGAGCAGUGUGCAGAGGAAGCGGACUCAGGAGGCCGGGCAGAGCAGGAGGGCGGCAGGAGGGCGUCAGAGUCGGAGCAUGGUUUGUCCAAAAUCACCCACAACGCCCUGGAGAACAUGGGAGCGUUGGGCCAUGGCCUGAAGCAACUCUUCCAGCCGCAGCGCAGACGCUCCUCUGUGUCCCCGCAAGACACAACCGCGUCCUGCGCCAGCGGCGCCCCUCCUCCCGAACCCACUGCCGAGACCAUCACAGAAGGCGGGGACAGUCGGGCCCCCUCGGCUCUCUCUGCGGACUCUGACGGACCUGCCGCUUCCGCCCCUCCCGCAGCUCUGAGUCGCGUCCUGCAGCAGAUCCGCGGUGCUCCGCCAAUGAUGAAGCGAGGCACCAGCUUGCAAAGCCGCCGCAGCAAGGUGGCGAUCACCGGGGAUGCCCCUCAGAAAGGUAGCCCCCAGAUACACCGGCGCAGCGCCCACGAGGCUCUGCUGCAGGCUGGGCGCCCUCGCUCCUCCUCCACCACGGACACGCCCAGCAGCCCCGCCCUGGCAGACAUGCUGCUCACGUCUGGCUACCACUCCACUGAGGAGCCUGACAAGCUGGAUCGUUACGACGGAUCGGGCCCCGCCGUCUCGCCCAAUACCAUCUCCAGCAGCGCAGACGGCUAUGACGUGGUCGACAGCACACCGGACCCCCAGCGCACGAAGCAGGCCAUUGCACAUCUCCAGCAGAAGAUCCUCAAACUCACAGAGCAAAUCAAAAUCGAACAGACGGCGCGUGACGACAACGUGGCCGAAUACCUGAAGCUGGCCAACAACGCGGACAAGCUGCAGAGCGUGCGGAUCAAGCAGGUGUUUGAGAAGAAGAACCAAAAGUCCUCACAGACCAUCCAGCACCUGCAGAAGAAACUGGAGAACUAUCACCGCAAGCUUUGCGAGGUGGAGCACAACGGUAUCCCGCGUCAGCCCAAAGAUGUUUUGCGAGACAUGCACCAGGGCCUCAAAGGUGUUGGCGCCAAGGUGACCGGCGGCCUCUCCACCAUUUCCCAAGCCACUCAUUCAGCAGCUGGAGCUGUGGUGUCCAAGCCCAGAGAAUUCGCGUUUCUCAUCCGCAACAAGUUUGGCAGCGCCGACAACAUCACAGCGCUAAAAGACUCUCUGGAUGAGACCCAAGGGGACGAGGGUGUGGUCGGCCCCGGGGGGAUAAGGACCCUCCCUACGGGGCAGAUGCAGUCCAGUCCAAAGUACGGCAGUGAGGACGACUGUUCCAGUGCUACCUCUGGUUCCGCAGGGCCCAACAGCAUCACGGGAUGUCUGAUGGGGCCCCCGAGCUCCAGGGGGAACACGCUUGAUCCUUCGCAGGCAUCGGGCUUUGAGGCUCUACUCCACGAGCUCCAAGAGCUGCGGGACAACCAGGGACGACUUGAGGAGUCCUUUGAGACUUUAAAGUCGCACUAUCAGCGGGACUACACAAUGAUCAUGGAGGCCCUGCAGGAGGAGCGAUUCAGGUGUGAACGCUUGGAAGAGCAGCUCAACGACCUGACCGAGCUGCACCAGAAUGAAAUACUCAACUUGAAACAGGAACUAGCCAGCAUGGAGGAGAAGAUCGCUUACCAGUCUUAUGAGCGAGCCAGAGACAUUCAGAAGGAACUUCCUGAUGUUGCCUGACAGCACGACAUCAGCUGACAACUACUGGGGACGCCUCCCAGGAAUGAGUGGAAGACGGGGACUGCUCCAACUGUCCUAGCACUGGCUGACUGAGGUGCGUCCGUGUGUCCUGCCACCCAAACCGCCAAAGUGUAUGAUCACCAAUUAGACGACUCAUAAUAGGAGCCUUUUGACUCUUAUAUAUGGUAGGACUCAAGGUAUGGCCGCUCAUGUGAACUAUCCUUACAACAAUUAGAAUGGUAUAAGAUGGACAACUAAUGACCCACAUUGUUCCUUUGCUCUCUGUAUUUGCGUAUUGAACCGAUACGCAAAUACCACAUUUUCAAUUAUUUCGGUUGUCUGUUAAAAACAUAGCUAUUGGUUGCAAUUUGGACAUUUCUGCUGUAGGCUACAAAGAGCUAGCAGCUACACAACAGCUGAGCUAAAAUAAAAUUUAAGCAUAUCAAAAAAUUAUAGUUGCUUAUUACAUACACAAAGUCGCAGAGAGACAGAAGUCUGUAGAAAGUAUUCAGUAACAAACGUGUCCGCAUUAUUAAACUUUCUACCACAGGAAACAUACUGAACAAAUACAGCAGUUACCGUCAGACUCUAAUCCGGAUUACCUUGUCUAUCAGAGACAUGGUUAAAACCCACAACACCUUUCGUUCUAAUUAAUGUCCCGGGGGACAAGAUUACAGAAAAGACAGAUCGAGUGACAAAGGGGGGAGGAAUUAUGAUUUAUGAAAGGGAAAACAUUAAAAGUAGAUCAAUUUGAGAAUGUUGAAAUUAAAAUCACAUUUUCCUCAGAAAUGUAUUUCAAGGUAAUUGUAGUAUACCGACCGACCACAGCUAAAGACAUUUUUCUUGAUUCAUUUUCAUACAUCCUCAAACAGCAUAGUAUGAAAGAAGUAACGUCAUGGGGGACGUUAAUCUGGACUGGUUAAAUAAAACACGUAGAAAGAAACUUAAGGAUAUUAUAAACGGCUUCUACAUGAUACAAAUGAUAAGCAGCCCUACUAGAAUUACAAUUGGAUGACAAAAAUUAAAGAGAACAUCUGUAAAUACACGAAUACAAAAUCAGAAAGAAGAGUGCUAAAAUAAAAAUACCAUUGGAUUAAUAAAACAAUUUGGAUUCUAAUAAAGACAUCGGGACUCAGCUCUCAAAAGAGCAAUUAUAACAGGUCUAAAUACAGAUCGUAUGAUUUUAAAAGUUUGGAAGAACAAGGUUACAAUGUUUAUGCGGAAGUCUAAGGCUGACUUUCAUUUAGAAUUAAUCAAAGCUGCAAAAGGGAACAAUAGAGAGUUAUGGAAAACCAGAUACAAACUUACGGGAAGAGAGCAAACAAGAAACAACACUAUAACAUUAAAUAUCAAUGGCGCUACUAUCGCAGACAGUCUGGACAUAAGUGGUAAUUUUAAUGAACAUUUCAUCAGUCUGUACAAACCCUGAAUAAAAAUCCCUCAAAAUCAGUGCAAAUAAUUGUCAUUUAUUCAGGAUGGACUCAUUUUAGAAGUAACAAAUGAAACAAAGUUAAACAAAAUCUUCACUGCAUUAUCAGACUCACGAUCUAGAGAUAUAUAUAUGGGUUGGACACUAUCUUCCUAAAAACAUAUAAGGAUUGUAUUAUUGCUCGUAUAACAACGAUUGAUAAAUAAAUCAAUAACGGAAAACCCUUUCCCUACCACGUGGAGAAACUGCUACUAUGAUUAAAUCCAUAAAGCAGGAAAUAAAGAAGACCAGAACAUGUACAGACCAAUUAGCCUUCUCCACGUUAUAACAAAAGGAAUAGAAAAUUUGAAAAAAAAAAAAAAAAAAAAAAAGUGGCUUUGGAGCAAUCAAGGCUGCUCAGACGGUCACUAAGAGGGGCAUUAUGUUGACACAUCAAUUUAAUGAGUAUUAUAUUUAUCCAUGAGAGCAUUUUUGUUGUAAAUUUUGAGGUAUGGCUGUUAAAAUCUUGGUUGUUGUUAUGAAUGAUGACAGAUGUGAACAAGAGCAUGUAUUGUCUUUGUGUGAUGAUGUAAAUAAGGUGUGGUUGUAUUGUAUGUUAAGUAUGUGUCCAUGAAGGGGCAUUUUAGGAUUUCUCUUAAUCUGAUUACAUGCUACAGUAUGAUUAUUUUUGAUUAAUUAUUGAUUAUUAUGAAUGUAUAUAUUUAUUAUGAUUAAUUAGUGUCAUAAUUUUAUUGCUUGAUUUGUGGAUCCCUUUAAUUUAGGUAGCCAGGGACUACAGAUGGAAAGUAGCUAUUUAGAUAUAAUCUAGUACAGAACAUAUCUGUUUCUGAACUUAAUGUUUCUGUGCAUUGUCCCAUCAUAGAUAGACUAAAUUAAAUACAACUAUUUAGUGAAUUAUUGAGGCCACAAUAAUUCACUAGGUGUUGUAAAAUAUCAAAGUACUAUUGCAAAAGCGAACAGUGACCUCAAACAUGACCUGUCCUCCGCCUCUGUUCUUGCUGCACUUGACUAUCAGCUGUCUUUUCUUUUUCUUGGAUGUUUCUGAAACUACUAAUACUACUACUACUAUUACUAUUACUACGACUAACACUGUCCCUGUGAGAGGGACAGAGGGGGGAGGUGAGUUUGGAUUGGGUCAAGUUUGAGCGUGUUGAGGUUUUAUUUAAUCGAUAUGAUCAAGGAUAAAGGAACGUAAUGAUUUAGAUUGACAAUUGCAGUGGUUGGCGAAAGCAACCCCAACCUCAAAGGAGGGUGCCAAUUCAGUAAUUAAAUGUUUUGUGAAUGAUCUAA